AUGAGCCCGCAAGGAAUCAUUCCCUUUUCCAACCGCUACUACGUCGCCAAAGUCCCCGUUUCUAUCUACCCGUUCCCGCGCGCCCUCCCGCAACCGCCCUUCCGCCCCGUGGACGAAUGCGUGCGCGCCAGCCCGGCCGUCGUCGUCAUCGCCGACGCCGCCUCCGACGACAACAUCGCUGAGAGCAAGCGCAUAUGGCACCGCAUCGCCCGUCAUUGCUGCCACUCCGCCGUCAAGCUUCUCUUCGUCCGCGCACACGACUUCUCGGAACACCGCCGCGCCGCAUUGGUCGCCUGGGCAGUCCCGCUCGGCGUGCACGUCAUUUCUACCGCCGCGCCCGAGGAGGACGGCCUCCCGGUCGCCCACCACGUCGAGCGCGCUUUGGAAUGCGCAGAGUGGCCGCUCCUCACACUACACACCCCCUGUCGUGGUCGUGGAGAGCCAAACGAGCGAAGACUCCCCAUCCAUACCCAUAUUCAAUCCAAUCCUCCAGCUUUGCAACAACCUGACCUUCUCAAACCUACCAGUGUCCGCCGAGCCUUGGACGCCGCCGAUGUAUCGAGGUUGGAAGCGCACUUGUUGCUUGCUGAUCUCACUGAUUCCGAUUCCUCUUCUUGA